GAGGGAGGGAUACAGGAAGGUCUGCUUUCAUAAUAACAGGAAGACACUGCUCUCUACAGAACCCUCUGAGACUGCUCAGCGAGAGGGCCAGCCAUGGAUAGGAGAUCGGAAAUGGGGGAGCCCUCCACUGUGGGUGGCGGUGACCGUGUAAGGGACCUGCAAAGUGAGGUGGAGGGUGUAAAGAACAUAAUGUCCCAAAAUGUGGAUCGAAUUCUGGCUCGAGGUGAGAACUUGGACCAACUGAGAAAUAAAACUGAGGACUUGGAAGCCAGUUCAGAGCAUUUUAAGACAACAUCUCAAAAAGUUUCACGAAAGUACUGGUGGAAGAAUGUGAAGAUGAUCGUGAUCAUUUGUAUUGUGGUUGGAAUCAUUCUCCUUCUCAUCAUUCUUCUUGCCACUAAAGUCAUACCAACAUAAAGACUACUUUUCAACCCUUUUAAUCUACCACUCCCCCACUGAAGAUUCUCUGACCUUUAACUGGUGACUCCAGCUGGCCAACUCCACUGAACAUCCAAAGAUUCCCUGAAACUGAUUGCUUUAACAAUUUUGCUUUGA